AUGUCAAUUGUUCCUGAACAGCCAGCGGAACUUAAAAAAAAACCCAUCUCUUUUUCCAACAUCUUGUUGGGUUCAGCGUUGAACCUCUGCGAGGCUACGACCUUGGGUCAACCUCUGGAGGUGAUCAAGACCACCAUGGCUGCGAACCGUAACCUGAGUUUCCUGCAAUCCGUUAAACACAUCUGGUCGCGUGGUGGUGUUUUCGGGUUUUACCAGGGGUUGAUCCCAUGGGCUUGGAUCGAGGCCUCUACGAAGGGUGCAGCACUACUGUUCGUUUCCGCAGAGGCAGAAUACCAGUUCAAGAGAGCAGGCUUGGGUAACUUUGGUGCUGGUAUCAUGGGUGGUGUUUCCGGUGGUGUUGCACAGGCAUACUUGACGAUGGGUUUCUGCACAUGCAUGAAGACUGUCGAAAUCACCAAGGCUAAAUCUGCUGUGGCAGGAGCUGUGCCACAGUCGUCGUGGUCCGCCUUCAAAGACAUCUACAACAAGGAAGGUAUCAAAGGUAUCAACAAGGGCGUCAAUGCAGUGGCUAUCAGACAAAUGACAAACUGGGGGUCCCGUUUUGGUUUCUCCAGAUUGGUGGAGGAAGGUAUCAGAAAGUUUACCGGUAAGACCAACAGCGAGGACAAACUCACAGCUUUGGAAAAGAUUUUUGCAUCUGCCAUCGGUGGUGGUUUGAGUGCCUGGAACCAGCCUAUUGAGGUCAUCAGAGUGGAGAUGCAGUCCAAGAAAGACGACCCAAAGAGGCCAAAGAACCUAACUGUGGGCUCUGCAUUCAAGUACAUUUACCAGACUAGCGGUCUCAAAGGUCUAUACCGUGGUGUAGCCCCAAGAGUCGGAUUGGGCAUCUGGCAAACCGUUUUCAUGGUUGGUUUUGGUGACAUGGCAAGGGAGUUUGUUGGCAAGCUAACAGGAGAAACACCAACUGCCAAGCACUGA